CUGAAUAGGAAAAAUCAGCACCCGUAAUAUAUACAAACAAAAUACAGUUUUAUUAUAUACAACAUAUACUGUGAAUAAUAAUUAUGUGCUGUAUAACAAUAUGUAGUGUGCUGAUAUCAAGUAUUGUAUAAGACUAUAGCAUUUGUUGUUAGUUCAUGUGCUGUCUGAUAGCACACCGUGUGUGUGCUGCGGUAUAUUGUCAGCACAGUGCUGAAUUUUAAAAUUCAACACUGUAGCCGCCGCCUAAAUAAAAACGUGUGUUGUCAGUUCUUAUUUGUAGGUGUGUUGUUAGCAUUUAUAAUUCUCUAGUAGUCGAGUUAGUCUAUUAUUUAGCAUGGUAACAAUGCCCUUCUAGUAUUGUGCGACUCUUUAGCAGUCCAGUUGUGAUAUUUGUGUUAUAUUAAUAUAAAUCAUGUUGUGUUUUAUAAUUUAGCACUGCAACAACAGUCUUUUAGUAUCGACGACUAUUUAGUCGUUUUGUGUUGUAGAAGAAAAUUUGCAGCUUUUCAUCAUCUGUUCUCGACUACAUAUUUCAGGGAAUAUGCGGUUUUAUAGAACCAAAACACCAAGAUCCCACAUCAGGCGCAGUUUGGUUUCUCAAUGCGCUCUCGUUAGGACAUGGGAGAUGUUUGGAGAAACUGAGAAUAUUCGAUGGAUUUCCGACACAGUAAUCCUCUUGUCCUAGCAGCUCUGGUAAUUCUCUCAGCAGCCAUUGAUGGAGCUCAAGGAGCUGCAAUGGUCACCGGAACAGUCUUCUGCGAUCAGUGCAGGGACGGCCAAGUCUCCCUUUUCGACUAUCCGUUAUACGGUAUUAAGGUUGCAAUGGCCUGCCCCGGGAGCGACGGGCAGUACACGCUGUGGGGCGAAGAGACGACGAAUUGGCUCGGAAACUACGUGCUCCGAUUCGACGGCUCGCCGGACCUCAGCCGCUGCUACGCUCAGGUCGCCGGAAACCGCCGCGGAACGAACCGCUGCGGCGCCGUUGCCGGACCCCCGAAGCAUCUUCGAAUUAUUCUAAAAUUGUUCGACAUGGAAAUGUAUGCCGUCGAUCCGUUGGUGGCGCAGCCGGCUGCCCCGAUGCCGUUCUGCCCGAGAACUGCCCGGCCGGGACACUUCCUGCCCGCUAGGCCGGCUCCGCCUGUCCGGAUUCCGAAUUUGCCGCCGAGAGUUCCGGCGAGGCCCCCGCCGGUUAGGCUCCCGGCAUUGCCCCCGCGGCCCCCGCAGCUUCCCCCGUUGCCCCCCUCGCCGCCGGUUCUAGAAGUUUCCGCGUGUUCGUAUCGGCAAUGGAUGGCGCCGGAGCAUCGAUGCCAUUGGCGAGUGGUGGCGCCGGGCACCAAAGUGGCGGCGGCAUUCGGGUUGAUCGCCGCACGGAGAUACGGCACGGAGAUAAGCCUCGAAGAAGCGUUAACAGGCCGGGGGGAGCCGUACAAUACGCUUCUAAGGGAAGGGACGACGGCGCUCCUUAAUUCUUACAACAGCAUCGGGUUUUCUUACCACCCGGUGGCCGUGAUCCAGCACAUGAACUUGGCGUUGAUGGGGUCGAAGCGGCAAGUCCUCCGAACGGCGAUGAACUUCAUGAAGGCGAACUCCGGCGCCGGAGGGACUUGCCGGCUGACGAAAUGCAAGUGAUGGAUGUAAUAGUAGUAGAAGAGAUCAUAUAAAUUCAUAUUGAUGCAUUCAUAUUCAUGUAAUGGAUGGGGAGGCAAUAGUUAAGUGUGUGUUUGGUUCUUUCUUGUUACAUGCUCAAAUAGUUGUAAUAC